UAAUAGUGCCCCUAGUGGUGUAGUCAGUUACUGGAGAGCAACCCUUUUCUUGGCAGAGUAAGGAAUGAACCUGUGGCUCUUUAUGGUUUGCGAUGGCUGAUUGUACAUACACGAGCUGCCCACGUUGCGAGUUGCACUUUGAUGAUGAUGGUAUAUACUGUACAUAGCUUCCAGGCUGCUGAGCUUCCUAUUGCCUGAACACCGCCCCGAGCAGUCAACUUUAAACAAAUCAGCCGCAGCAGAGCUCUGUUUCCCUCCGCCCUCAUCUGGGUGAAAGCGAAAAUAAGACUUGUCGCUAUUGCUGCGCGCAGUCACAUACAGCGGACGCUACAAUGCGGGCGCGGCGCAGUGGGACGGACACACGCUGAUGAGUCCUGACAGCCAGGAGCCUGUGCCACACACAGACACGUUCGGCUAUGGCAUGUGAGGAUACGACCUUACACCCAGCGGCGCUAGCCAGGCAGAGCUCCUGCGCAGCAGGGAUGUCACUUGACUUUGAGCCAAAGCAGGAAUACACGUUUGUUGAAAAUCUGCAAGACCGAUACAAGUGUGCAAGCUGCCAUCUGGUUCUUCACAAUCCUCACCAAACAGGAUGUGGUCACCGAUUCUGUGAGAAAUGUGUUUUAUGCCUGAAUGAAUUGUAUGAAAUUCCGCAGUGUCCUAUAGACAAGGAAACCAUUAAACCACAAGAAAUAUUUAAGGACAAUUGCUGUAAACGAGAAGUCCUAAAUUUGCUGGUGUAUUGCAGAAAUGCUCCUGACUGUGAUGUGAAAGUGACACUGGGAAGGUUCCAGGAUCAUCUUGCCCAGUGUUUGUAUGAAACGAUCACCUGCAGCAACUCAGGAUGUCACGACAAGGUGUUCAAAAAAGACUUGGAGACUCACUUAACAACACAGUGUGGACUGAGAGACGAAACCUGCAUUUACUGCAGCAAAAGCAUGGCCUUGAUUGAUCUGCAGAUACAUGUAAGAAAUUACUGUCCGUUAUAUCCAGUCCCGUGUCCAAACAACUGCAGUAAUACAUGUCCUAGAGAUAAGCUGGACGAGCACCUUACUAUAUGCACUGAGGCUGAAGUAGAAUGUCCCUUUGCAAAUUAUGGCUGCUAUGUAAAGGUAAAAAGAGGAAAAUUAAAAGCACAUGAAGAUGCCUUCCUUAGAGACCAUAUGCUGUAUGUUUUGAAUAGAAAUACUAAGCUUGAGCAGCAGAUGCUGGAAUUAAAACAAAGUAUGGAAAUGAAAGAAGGCAAAAUUCAGCAGCUCUCAAACACUGUGAAGUGGUGUGAAAAGGAAUGGCGGCAGUUCAGCGGGACAAAUGGCAGUCACCUUCUCAAUCCCCAAACACUUGUCAGUCAUGUAGAGAAAGUUUCUUGGCUGGAGGAGCAGGUGAUGCAGUUGGUGCAGUUGAUUAGUGAAGAACAGAGCCGACAUGGUCUGGGGCCAUUGAUAGAGGCGAUAGAAAGUAUCAAGCUAACGGUGACCAGCAUGGAGAGCUACAAAGACCGACUAGAUAACCUGGAGGGUCAAUUCAGAAAACAUGACGUGCAGAUUAAUAACCAUAAAACUCUGAUGAGCAGCAAUGAAGAACGAUUUAGACUUCUAGAAGGGACCUGUUACAAUGGGAAACUGAUCUGGAAAAUCACAGACUACGAGAGAAAGAAAAAGGAAGCAGUGGAAGGUCGCGUGGUUUCUAUUUACAGCCAGCACUUCUACACAAGCCGCUGUGGUUAUCGUCUGUGUGCUCGGGCCUACCUCAAUGGAGACGGCUCAGGUAAAGGUUCCUAUUUAUCCUUGUACUUUGUAGUCAUGAAAGGUGAAUUUGACUCCCUUCUGUCAUGGCCAUUCAAGCAGAAGGUCACAUUGAUGUUGCUUGACCAAAGUGGAAAAAGGAAUCAUAUAUUAGAUGUCUUCAAAUCUGACCCGUACAGCAGCAGCUUUAAAAGACCCGAAGGGGAGAUGAACAUUGCUUCAGGGUGUCCUCGCUUUGUGUCUCAUGCCCAGCUGGAGAAUCCAAGGAAUGGCUGCUACAUUAAAGAUGAUACAUUGUUUAUUAAAGUUGCUGUGGAUCUAACAGACCUUGACGAAUUAUGAAACCAAGAAUACUUUCAUAGAGUUUUAAUUAUACAUCUAUGAAUUAUACAUUUUGUUUGUAAAUUUGAGCUUAAUAUAUUGUUAAACUGUAAAAAAAUGUUCUUUAUAAAUUAUUAUUUUAAUAACCAUUGCUGUGGAUGCAAAUGUAUAAUAAAACUGUCUAAAA